AUGUUCACCGUCAUUGAUGGCAAGGUACAUCUAGAGGAGUAUGCCCCUGACGACGUGAACCCUGAAGUUCGCGUCGUCUUUCGCCAGGAUUCUGCCAUUGCAGAGGAAGCCAUGACUCGAAUUCUUCGGAGGCCGUUCUCUUUGCGGCACGAGCUCUCGGCCCGGUGGGUUAUUUUGCAAGAUGCAAAAGCAUUCAGAAUAUAUAUUGUUGCGCACCAUAUCGUCAUGGAUGGGCAAGCCAUGACCAAUAUCUCGCGCGAAUUUCUCGCUUUACUCGACGACCCCAAGGAAGUUUUGCCUUCGGUAGUAGCGUUCAAUACCAUGCACAUGGCAGAGCGAGCCUGGGCCAUGUCCCAAGCGUACCUCGAUAAUCAGAGAGUCCUUCUCGACCAGGUCCGCGGCAAGAGUAGCACGCCCUGGGAGGCGAAAGUAGCGAAGCCGAGCACAUCGAGCGACAGUUACCGAAAGAUUGACUCUUGGUGCACGUUCCGGAAAUCUGAACUCGAUGUCUGGAGUCAGAUGUUCCGGACGUCAUGGUUCCGCGUGGCCACCGCAUUGGUAGGGCUUCUUGUCGUGGAUAAAGCAAAGCCUCAGUUUGGAAAAGACGAGGUGCUGUCCAUCGGUUUCGGAAGCCGACCAAAGGGGAUGGGCGCCUGCAUCGGCCAGUUUGCCAAUGCGCUGCCUGUCAAGGUACCCCUGUGGGACGUCCUGCAUCAAGCUGAUGGCUCUUUCAAGGCCCUCGUCUCAGCCGUGGGAAAGAACAUUAGCGCUGUCAAGAGGGCGGAGCUGUUUCCUGCCGUCGACGUUGUUCGAUCCUGUCGCGAUCUCAAUAUUGACUACAGCCCGCCGCGAGUGACCGUCACCUACUCCCCCAAGCUGGCCAGGUCAGAAUGUCGACUAUUUCCAGUUGAAGGGUCAUGGGAUUUGUUCUUUUGCUUCCUCGAGUAUGAGGAUGAUGUAAAACUUGGUGUCAUCUAUAAUCCGCAGAUCUUCUCAGCCGCCACUUUGAAGGCGAUGAAGACGCAAUUUGACGAGUUCUCGGCGAUCAGCAAGGUUGAAGGUGCGACAUUGACAGAGAUGCUACCAUGGCUGCCGAGGCACGCCAAUCUACCCAUGCGGUCGCCACAGCGUCCGGCCAACCCUCUCAAGCACGUUCACCACUGGUUUGACGCUCACGCCGAGUCGUGCCCAGAUAGUUUAGCACUUUAUUCCAGCGAGCUUGCUCUUUCGAUGACAUAUGGAGAGCUGUAUACCUCUACCGAGGCGAAAGCAAAAUUUCUGAGAAACAAUGAUAUCGGCCGGGGACACAAGGUGCUCAUCAACCUCCCCAGAGGAUUCGCCAUAAUCGAAUGGAUUUUUUCCAUCCUAAAGUGCGGCGCAGCUUUCGUGUACUUGGACGUUGAUGCCACGACGAAGCAACGCACUGCCAUCAUAGCGAACUGUAAGCCAGCCUUGGUCAUCGACGAGUCUCUGGUGCAGGAAGUUGUAUCAUUUCGGGACGGCAAAGACAUUUCCAUGGAACAAGCCAAGUUUGCCACUGCGGAUGACGAUCUGGCUUACAUGAUCUACACCUCCGGUUCGACCGGUGAGCCCAAGGGGGUGAUGGUCGAGCAUGGCAGCUUGUCGGCGUUUACACGCGCCUCUACGGAGAUUUUCGAGCUCGGCUUCGGCACUCGUACUCUGCAGCUUGCGUCGUUUUCCUUUGAUGCAUCCAUACUGGAGUGGAGCAGCACUCUGUGCAGCGGAGGCUGCCUAUGCUUUUCUCAGCAUCCGAAGCAGCUUGUGGGUGAGUAUCUUGGCGAAGUCAUCGAGAAGAACUCUAUCUCUUUCCUUCAGAUCACCCCUACAGCGCUGGAGACGUUGCCCCUUACAAUGGAACUGCCGAGUCUGCGACAGAUCUCAGUGGGAGGAGAAGCGCCAUCUCGUGAGAUCUUUGCCAAGUGGCAUCCACGAGUAAACCUCGUCAACGCGUAUGGGCCCACGGAGGCGACGAUAGCGGUGUCGUUUGAGAAGCUGGAUAAAUCGGAGAGACUUCCAGAUGCCAUCACUGCGGGUCACAUCAACCAAGAGAUGGACGUCCACAUUUGCGCCGAGGGGUUCGGCUCCAUCGUCAAAGCCGGCGUUGAAGGUGAAAUCUGCGUGUCUGGGCCUCAGGUGGCGAGGGGAUACUGUGACAUGCCGGAGGCAACAGCCAAGAACUUCGCCGUGCAUUCUACCGGGGUGCGCAUGUAUCGUACUGGCGACCACGGCAUGAUGCUCGAAAACGGGUCCUUGCUGGUCAUGGGCCGAAUCGACAGAGAAAUCAAGGUGCGCGGUUUCCGCAUUGCGGCGGAAGAGAUCGAAGUUGCCAUCAUGGAUUCCAAUGUGGGCAUCCAAGAGGCCUCAGUUCAGCUAUCGGCCAAUGGUCUCGAGAUGCUGGCAUUUGUGGCGCCCAAGAUGGUCUCGCCCGAAGGCCUUCGAGAUAGCCUGAAGCUGGUACUGCCCAGCUACAAGAUUCCGUCCAGAAUCUAUGUCGUGGAUGAUUUGCCAAAGAACAUCAACGGCAAGAUUGACCAUAGAAUGGUCAGGAAAAAUCGGGAAGAGCUCAUUCGAUCCCAUGCUCCAGAAGCCGUCGAAUUCUUGGACAGCGAAAGUGAAGUCGACACCGAUGUCUUCGAUGCUUCCGGGGAUGAAGCGGUGGUUGGGAAAAUCUGGCAGGAUGUUCUGGGAAUGGCAUGUCCUCCGCCAAGCGACGUCAACUUCUUUGACAUUGGCGGUCACAGUCUCCUCGUUCCGAAGCUGCAUGAUAAGCUCAAGGCAGCGUUCCCCGACAAACCUGUUCGACUCGUGGAGCUGUUCCACAAGUCGACCAUCAGCAGCCAAGCGGUCAUUUUCGGGGCGCAGAGCAGUCCAGCUCGUGGAGUCCGUCGCAGGACCAAGACGCCGAUCGUGAAGACGCCCAUGUCGACAGGCUCAUCGGCGUCGACUGCAAAUGACACUCCUCCAUGGACAAGAACGGCGGCCACGUCUGUAACCGAUGUCGCCAACACACCGGAGCUUGCCAUCGUCGGAAUAGCAGGACGCUUCCCGGGGGCGCAGAACGUCGAUGAAUUCUACCAGAUGCUCAUGGACGGAAAGUCAGGGGUCCAGCAAUCUCCAUCGGCGACCGAUCGAGAGACUUUGCCAGGAAAUGUCUGGGUUCCCAAGGCGGGCGUGCUGGACAAGAUCGAAGACUUUGACCACGAGUUCUGGAAGCUGACGGAGGAGGACGCUACCGAGAUGGAUCCCCAGCAGCGGCUAUUCAUGGAGGUCGUGUACGAGGCCCUCGUCGACGCAGAUAUAGACACAAGCAUCAUGGACGGUGGGCGGAUCGGAAUGUUCGUGGGCGCCGCAAACCACGCGUACCAUCUCCAAACCGAGUCUGUCGCGACGGAUGCCUUUCUGAGGGAGAACCGCGGCUUUGUCGCUCCGUCCAUCUCGGCUCGUACGGCGUACCAUCUAAACAUUAGGGGCCCAAACGUCACCAUCCAAACUAACUGCGCCAGCAGCACGGUGGCAUUGUCGCAAGCGUUUGAUGCCAUCCGACUUGGACGAUGCGACAUGGCCGUAGUGGGAGGCGUUUCUGUGCAGCUCUACGAGGGGGGGUAUGUCACGCAACAGGGGCAAAUCUUUUCUCCAAGAGGCGAAUGCAACCCAUUUGACUCUCGGGCCGAUGGAACGGUUCCCGCAGAUGCGGUUACGGCUGUCGUGCUGAAACGAUACUCGACCGCCGUCGUCGACGGCACACCUGUCUAUGCCAAAGUGCUCGGGACCGGCAUCGGUUCAGACGGAGCGCUGGACAAGGCUGGAUAUCAGGUCCCAUCGCCCCGAGGGCAGGCGGACGUGAUCAAAUCGGCGUGGGUUGUUGCCGGAUUGACUCCAGAAAGGUUGAAAUACGCCGAGAUCCACGGAAGCGGCACGCCCAUCGGAGACGCACUCGAGCUUGAAGGUCUCCGUCUGGCCAUGACGGAGCUAAGUUGCAAGGCGCGACGGUUCACCGUUGGGUCGACGAAAGGAAACAUUGGCAAUGCCCAGCACGCAUCUGGACUGGUCUCUCUCGUCAAGCUGUGCAAGUCGAUGCAAGCGGGGGUAGUGCCCGCCACCAAGGGGCUCGAGCAAAUGAACCCGAUGAUCAAUCCCGACCUGGACCUGGUGUUGGCAACGCAGCAAACAAAGCUGAGUCCCGACGACAUAUUGGCAGUCUCGGCCGCAGGAUGGGGCGGCGUCGACUCGCACAUCGUCCUGGGCUUUCCCGGCCAGCACAUGCUGAAGCGGACGACGAGGUUGAUUUCGGCGACGACUUUCAGGCGCAAGACGCUGAAAGCACCUCGUCUUUCACGGCAGACUCCGUCUUCAACCGAGAAUUCGACAUCGGUUGCGUCUCUCGUGUUUUCGAGAUGUGCAUCAGACAUCCUCGGGGUCGAAGUAGGUGCUGACACGGACCUGAAGAGGCAUGGCCUCGACAGCAAGUCAUACGUAGCCAUAGCCGGCGCAGCAUCAAAACAGCUCAACGGACCAUCGAUUGGCGUACGGGGCUUUCUCGCUCCAAUCUGCACGCCGUCUACGUUGGCGAACAUGUAUGACCAUCAGUUGUCAGCGUCUGGACGCCGGGAGCUGUCGUGUGCCAUGAUCCAAGAUGGCCAAGGAAUGACGAUAAUCUGUUUACCCGGUACGGGAGGAAGCUGUGCAGGAGCAACAUCGCUGCUGGAGUCGCUCCCGGAGGGCGUCAAGAUUCUCGUCCUGGAGCACCCGGGCGAUCCCUCAAGCGACCAAGUCGAGGGGUACGUCGAAGCCGUCGGGCCUCACGUGGCAUCGUCCAAGAUGCUCCUAGUCGGCAUAUCGGCAGGCGGUCUCUCCGCAUUGCACCUAUCUGCUGCGCUCAGGACGAGGUACAACAUGUCGAUGGGGGACAUUGGCUUGGUGGCGCUGGACAGUCCUCGGAUCGACACAUGGCCGGGCCUCGAGAUGGGAUCAGUCGGUCACGCGGCAUUCAUCGGAGCAUCUGCCGGGCAAAUGGGGACGGAUGAGCUGGUAAGGACCCAGUGGGAGAAGGCGGUUCCUGGCAUCGAGAUGCACGAGCUGGCGUGCGGACACGUUGAAAUCUGGGGUAGAUGCCAGGCAUCCUCGACGGCUUCGUUGGUCAAGGACGUGAUGCUGAAGAUGGUCGGAUAG